AGCGCGAGGCUGUGCUGCGCGAGGGUGCGAUGUGAGAGAAACCUGAGGAGAAAAUAACGACAUUUUCGUGAAUGUUUUCUUACUUUUAUCGCUCCAGUCGGGACAAAAAAGUACAAACGGGGCGUGAAAGAGUGCUGGACUCACCCAGAACAAGUUGAGUGAGUUGGAAAUGGCGAGUAGGUGGAGAGAGAGACAGAGAAUCUUCCGUUAAACUCUGAGGUAAAGUGGCCGUUUUUUAAGCUAAGCUAACCUUAACCUAGUUAACCUAAAGCUUCUCCACCGCCCGGUACGUUUACCUAGCUGGUUAGCCAGCUAACCUAACUAGGUAGUUAGUUAAUCUCUCGCUCUUUUGUUCUAUCUAACGUGGUUUGUUUUUUACACUUUUCUCCUCAGUAUUUGACGGCUUUGAGGAAUUUGUGUGAAGAAACGGUUUAUUUGAGGUCGUUGUGUGUAAGUUAUCCUAAACGAGGCUAUUUAUUUUGUAUUUGGUAACGCUAGUUUAAUGAGUUGUGUUGUUCAGAAACAGGCAGGGAAGGUGCCUGGAUGAGUGAGAGACACUGGUGGAUUAAUUUACCGUGGAAAAAAAUCAUCCAGCUCUGACUUUGACCGUAUAGACGGGACGGGAGCGAGGCUAACCUACGUCGACGGCAUUAAACAUUUUUACGAGUUGCCGGGAUGUUAUAAAAGCCUGGUCGUUUCUGCGGGACAGCAGGACUGAGAGAAGAAGGUCGAGAGCCGGGAAUCGGAGGAUAUUAUGGCUCUCUCAGCGGUCUCCCUCUGUUUCAUCGUCCUCGCCUCCGCUAACUUGCACCUGAGCCACGGGAAUAACCGCCAUGCCGUCUACUGGAACAGCUCAAACAUUCACUUGCGGAGGGAAGGCUAUACGGUGCAGGUCAACGUCAACGACUACCUGGACAUCUACUGCCCGCACUACAACCUGAGCCAGAGAGGGGCGCUAGAGCGAGGCGUGGUGGAGCAGUACGUGCUCUACAUGGUCAGUUACCGUGGCUACCGCACCUGUGACCCCCAGAUGGGCUUCAAGCGCUGGGAGUGUAACCGGCCGCACGCCCCCCACGCACCAAUCAAGUUCUCCGAGAAAUUCCAACGCUACAGCGCCUUCUCGCUGGGCUACGAGUUUAACGUAGGCCAUGAGUACUACUACAUCUCCACGCCCACUCAUCACCAUGGUCACAGCUGUUUAAGACUGAGGGUGUUUGUGUGCUGCUCUACAGUUUCACAUGCAGAUGAUGACUCAGACCAGAGCCCUCCUGACUACACAGUCAGACCCAAAAUACAUGACAUUGAUUCAGAUGAGUUCAACCCCAAGAUUCCCAAGCUGGAGAAAAGCAUCAGUGGCAGCAGUCCAUCCAGAGACCAGCUGUUGAUCACCAUCGCCACGUUGCUCUUAGCGACCCUCCUCAUCUCCUAGCAACUGUCGCUAAAAGUCCUAGCAGCGGUGUGACAUUGCCAGAGCCGAGCUUGGGAUCAAGUCCAAGAGAGGGGUCAGCCAAUCAGAGCUUAAGAUUUAAAAAAAAAAAAAAAAAAGAAACUACUAGUUCAACUUUAAUAAGGAACCUUAACUAUAGACCUACCACCCAAACAGUGGCCUUUGGCAACGAGAGUAGAACACGUACCGUAAUGAAUGAACGAAUGAAUUAAUAACGAAUAAAUGAAUGAAUGAAUAAAUGGAAUUGAAAUGCCGGCACUUGGAUGUGGAUGAAUGAACCUUCUGAACUUUGCCUUUUUUUAAACGAAGCAGUUACUUCUUCUUCUUAUCUUCUCCCUAAGAUAAAGACCUCGAAUGGAGCAUUUGAAGGUGUUCUCCUCCAGCUGAUCUGACCUGAAAGCUGCUUGUGGAUCGUAAUGGAUUGGGUUUGAUGGAUCUCAUGCUGCUUGUUGAGCUUGCUGCAGCUUUGCCAAGAAAUGCUGUAGGAUAUUCAGUGAGCAAGAAAGACCCGGACCCAGCGAGUGACCUUUUCAGAUAUGAAGCUUUCUGACUGGAAAGAAAGAGCAAAAGGUGGCCAUGAAAGAUCUGAUCCAAGCUCAGUAUGACAAGCAAGAACUUUAUGGACCUUCCUUCUAAAAUAAAGAAGAAGCGAGGCUCAAGAAUACUGAUCUUGGAUCAGCAGCCCGAGGUCCACUACGUGUCACUUCUUCUCUACCAUCUUCUCUACGUGGCAUGUUUGACCAGAAGCAUCCCACAGUCUGCAAUACUCUCUUUCCACCAGACCUUACGGAUCACACGUCAGAGCCGGAGGAGGAGGAGGUUUUCAUAAGGAGUCUGAGACUGAUCAAUAAAUUAAUAUCUAGACUUCUUCUCUCAGGGUGAUUUCCUGGGAUGUUUCAUGUCACCCAGGAAACGCCCCUGCGAUCGGCCUGUGCCUGAGAAGGUGUGUCACUGUUUAGUGUAGCGAGCAUUUUGUAAAAGCGAAAGCAAAAGUGGUUAAAAAAAAAACUGCAGUUCACCGUUUUUAUAUCUUAGAAUUGCAGCACGGAAUUCCUUUGUACUGUACAGCUCACAUUUAGCAAAGCCGCUUCAUUUGCAUAUCAUUGGUGCUUUAUUUAUUGACCUACAGUAUUUAUUUCUGGUUUCGUGAAGGUUCAGGUUUUUUUUUUUCAGACGAUUUUUGCCAAAUACCAAAAUAUUUUCUUGAUUUCUUUCUUUUUUUAUAUUUUUUUAGGUGUGUUUUAUUUCCUUUCUUUCAGGUCUCAUACAUGGAAAUGUGCCAGCUACUUCAGCUCAUCUUUCUUGUGAAAUUUCAUCCAGCCAGUCUGACAGGAACAAAAAAAGAAAUAAAAAAAUAAAAAAGGGAGAGAAAUAAAUCCAGUUACUUUAGUACAGUUCAUACAUGUAGGAAACGCUCUCCAGCAAGGUUUAGGGGUCGGGUUAGAGCAACAAGAGGACUGAGUUUGGAACAACAACAAAAAAAAAGAAAAAGAGCUUUGCUCAUUAUUGCUGCACUACCAGUCUUACUUACAUACUUCAACUUCAAGAGCGCUUCAAAGCGUGUGUUUCUAUGUGUGUACGUGUGUUACGAGUGUGCACUUUACGGCGGGUGAGUGAGUGAGUGAGUGAGAGAGUGAGAGAGAGAGUAUGCACAUUUUAGCAUUUUCGUAUUUGUUUAGGUACACGUUUGUAGGUUUUCAAUAUGCAAGAGUGGAAGAGUUUUUGGGGGGGGGCAGGGGGCGGGGUCAGGGACGUGAUACUGAAAGCAUUUAUCGUUGGAAACAACAGUACCAGUUGUGUUUACUUUUGAGUAGAAUUGACUUAAAACAUGUCAAGAAAUCAUGAAUGAUAAUGAGAAUGAAAUUGACAAUAAACCAUUCUUCUUUUAA